UGUUGACCAGACGGAGACGAGAAGGCAAAGUGUGAAGAGCGUCAUGGACCUUUCUGCGACUGUGAUCUUGGCAGGGCUGAUCUCAGCUCUGCUGUGGCUUUUCAGUGUAAAAAGGAAAUAUCGUUUGCCUCCAGGACCCACUGCACUUCCUCUCGUAGGAAACCUGCCACAGCUGCAAAAAGAUCAAGCUUUCAAAAGUUUUCUCAAGCUCAGUGAAAUCUAUGGUCCUGUGGUGACAUUGUACCUGGGCUGGCAGCGGACGGUUGUUCUGGUAGGAUAUGAUGCAGUGAAGGAGGCUCUGGUGGACCAGGCAGACGACUUCACAGGCAGAGGACCACUGCCGUUUCUGAUGAAAGCCACCAAAGGCUACGGUUUGGGGAUCAGUAAUGGAGAGCGUUGGCGACAGCUGAGACGUUUCACACUGACGACCCUUAGAGACUUUGGGAUGGGACGCAAGGGGAUGGAAGAGUGGAUCCAAGAGGAGAGCAAGCACAUGACGGCCGAAAUGAACGAAUCGAAAGGCAAGCCGUUUGACCCAAUAUUCUUGCUGAGCCGCACCGUGUCCAACGUGAUCUGCUGCAUGGUGUUCGGCCAACGCUUCAGUUACGACGACAAGAAGUUCCUGCACCUCCUCGACAUCAUGUCUGGGGUUUUAAGGUUUAAUAGUGGCUUUGUCGGCCAGAUGUACAACAUCUUCCCCUGGAUAAUGGAGCAUCUGCCGGGCCCACAGCAUAAAAUUUUUACCAAUAUCGAGGAGGUGAGAGAGUUUAUCAAGAUGAAGAUCCAGGAGCACAAAGACACACUGGACCCAAGCUCCCCAAGAGACUAUAUCGACUGUUUCCUCAUGCGAAUGGAUCAGGAAAAAGACAUCCCCACAACUGAGUUCCACUAUGAGAACUUGAUCUCUACAGUGCUGAAUCUAUUCCUGGCAGGAACAGAAACCACGUCCUCUACCAUAAGAUAUGCCCUCAGCGUGUUGAUCAAACACCCCGACAUACAGGAGAAAAUGCAGCAGGAGAUUGACACUGUGAUUGGACAAGACCGCUGUCCCAGAAUGGAGGACAGGAAAUCCCUCCCCUUCACAGACGCAGUCAUCCAUGAAGUCCAGCGUUUCCUGGACAUAGUCCCCUUCGGUCUCCCUCAUUUUGCCCUUCGGGACAUCUCUUUCAGGGGCUACACAAUCCCCAAGGACACUGUGAUUAUGCCCUUGUUGCACUCUGUGCUGAAAGAGGAGAAACAGUGGGCAUCUCCUCUGUCCUUCAACCCUCAGCACUUCUUGGACCAGAACGGCAACUUCAAGAAGAAUCCCGCGUUCCUGCCAUUUGCUGCAGGGAAAAGAGCCUGUGUCGGCGAGGCUCUGGCUCGUAUGGAGCUUUUUCUCUUCCUUGUGACGCUUCUGCGGCAUUUCACCUUCUCCCACGCCGAAGGCCCUGACGGUAUAAACCUCAUUCCAGAGUACAGCGGCUUUGCUAAUGUGCCUCGCAGGUACCAGAUCAUCGCCACGCCGCGGUGAAAAGAGGACCUUGAAUUACUCACAAGGGCAACUGUACAAAAAGGAUUGUUGUAUCGUGCUACAGCAGUUUGUAGAUGUUUGUUUGACUCAAAAUGAAUUAUGAACGCUUUUGUCUUUUAGUUUGUUUGUUUCUUGUACAGUAUAUUUUUCUUUUGGUUGAAAUUUAAGAAAUUCUUGAUCACUGUGAACUCAGUCAAAUGUAUUACUGCUAUAAAAAUGUAUUGGUGGAAGUCCUUGUGUACAAAUGGAAAUAAAUAACUUCUGCUGUGGAAGAACACAAAGUCCUGGAUUUCUACUGUAAAACAUUAAUCUUAAAUAUUGAUCUUUUGUAUUUAUAUAUUUUUUUCAAGAAUAUUACUUAUAUUUAAACAUAACAAGAAGAAGUAUCAUUCAUGCUCAGGACCUACUUUUCUUU